UACAUUUGUCAAAGGGCAGCUAAUGCCAUCAUCUCAGAGAUUGGACCUUUUCGGGUUUCGACAGAUGCCUUACAAGCUAUCAAUCAAUUUUUGGAUGAAUUCAUUGUACUCUUGGUUGGAUGUUCACUUUCGUUGGACCUGUCAGAGAUAAAAUCAACCGUGUUCAACUUGUUACCGUCCACACUCGGUAAAAAUGCUAUUGUUGAAGCCGAAUUAGAAGUCAAAACAUUUACAGAAACUGAAUCUAUUGACUAUGAAUUGUAUGAACGUAUGCGAAAGAUUGAAAAAGAUAAAUUUCCAGUGGAUGAAGCUAUUCGAUUGCUAAGAGAGAAAUGCUUUGAAUACUGCACUUUGGCUGAUAAAGAAGAUCAGCUCUAUGUACAAAAAUCAAUACAAAAGAGAUCAAGUCAGAAUACAAUUAUCAUUUCUCCUAUCGUUGCUAUUUAUGUCACAACUGUCAUGGAACAUAUUGCUGAAUAUUUAUUAACUGCAGUUGCCAUGUCUGCAGAGCAUGAAGAUACAGACUAUGUUAGGGUAAAAGAGGUUUAUUUGGCAUUGGUAGACGAUAUUCAAUUGGGAAGUGUAUUUAAUAAGAUGAGCCUGAAGGACAGAAUGGAGGUAGAUAUAUAUAUAUAUAUAUAUAUAUAUCAUAUAUAUGUCAACUAA